AUGACCAACUUUGAGAAAGAAACGGGCAAGGCUUUUUCACAAAGACAACUUAAAAAUAGGUGGGAUGCCCUAAAAAAAGAAUGGAAAGCUUGGAAGAAACUUAAAGGCAAAGAUACUGGUCUAGGGUGGAAUCCUAUAAAAAGAACCGUUGAUGCACCAGAUGAUUGGUGGGAAAGUAGGCUAAAGGUUGUGCCGGAAGCUCAAAAAUUUAGAACAUCGGGCAUUGAUCCUAAAUUCGAGGGGAAGUUGGACCAAAUGUUCAUAGGGAUAGUUACAACAGGUGAUAAAGCAUGGGCACCUUCUUCUGAUACACUCCGUAGUGAUUUUUUGGAGGAUGUUAACAAUGAAAUACCUGAAGAGAAUGAAGAAGAAAAUGUGAUGAGUAUAGUUGAGAAUUCCAGCGGUGAUGAAAGUGAUGAUGAAAGAGAAAAGAAAGAGAUUUUACAACGCAUGGAAUGUUUUAACUGA